CUGCCAUCUUAUAUUAUGAAAUGUCCAGCUGUCAUCAGUGUGCUGCUGCUCCUCCACUACUCUUCUGCUUUCAACAUGAAGGAUGCUCUGAGCGAGUGUCUGAAGGACGAGGACUACAAUAAACUGCUGAAUAUAGUCAAAAAUGGCCUUCCGCAGACAAAGCAUCAUCAUCGCGUUGUAAUUGUUGGAGCUGGUAUGGCUGGAAUGACUGCUGCCAAGUUACUGGAGGAUGCAGGACACCAGGUGACCAUUUUAGAGGCUAGCGGCCGCGUCGGUGGACGAUUGGAAACCUACAGGAAUAAAGAAGAAGGCUGGUACGCUGAACUUGGAGCCAUGAGGAUCCCAAGUUUUCACGAAAUCGUUCUCAACAUCACAGAAAUACUAAAUGUUAGCCUAAAUCCUUUCACCAUGGUGGACAACAACACGUAUUACUUGACAAAUGGAGUAAAGGCCACCACAAAGGAAGGAACAACAAAUCCGGAGGUCCUUAUGUACAACGUGACAGAAAAUGAAAGACAUAAGUCAGCUGAUGAACUCCUCCAGAUGGCUUUGAAGAAGGUUAAAGAUGUCGCCCAAAAUCAUGGCUGCCAGUAUCUUUUCAAAAAUUAUGACCAUUACUCCGUAAAGGAGUAUCUGAAAGAAGAAGGAGAACUGAGUCAACAAGCCAUCCGAAUGAUUGGAGAUCUGCUAAACGAGCAGAGCCUCCUUUUUACCGCACUGACAGAAAUGCUGUAUGACCAGAGCGACGUCAACAAUAGCAUUACGUACUACGAGGUGACUGGUGGGUUUGAUCUUUUUUCCGAAGCUCUUCGUGAUAGUCUAAAAUCAACUCUUCACCUGAACUCCAAAGUUGUCCGCAUAAGUCAGUCAGAUAGAGGAGUGACUGUCAAGUAUCAGACACCAAACGAGUCCUCGCUCAAAACUCUUCCAGCUGACUUGGUCCUGGUCACGACUACCACCAAAGCCGCUCUUUUCAUAGACUUUGAUCCUCCUCUGUCCAUCCAAAAGAUGGAGGCGAUGAGGUCGGUCCACUAUGACAGCGCCACCAAAAUCUUUCUCACCUUCAGGGAGAAGUUUUGGGAAUCAGAGGGGAUCCAUGGUGGAAAGAGCAUCACUGACCGGCCCUCCCGCUUUAUCUACUACCCCAGCCACAGUUUUCCCCAAAACCAGACCAUUGGAGUCCUCCUGGCCUCCUACACUUGGUCUGAUGACUCUCUUCUGUUUUUGGGGGCCAGCGAUGAAGACCUCAAAGAGCUGGUUCUGAGAGAUUUGGCACAGAUUCACGGUGAACGGGUCCGGUCGCUGUGUACUGGUGUGAUUGUCAAGAGGUGGAGCAGCGACCCCUACACCCUGGGGGCUUUCGCUCUGCUCACCCCCUACCAGCACAUUGAAUACUCCAAAGAACUGUUCAGGAGUGAAGGCAGGAUCCACUUUGCAGGGGAACACACCGCCUUCCCUCACGCCUGGAUAGAGACGGCCAUGAAAUCUGCCAUCAGGGCAGCUGUGAACAUCAACAAUGAAGUUCUGCACGGUUCAGACCAGAACCCGGGAAAAGAAGAGCUCUGAGCCCAAACCCAGCCUUCUGUACGAUGAAAACAGUCAAAAUAAAACCUUUGUAUGAAUUUUGGAUUUGUUUAUGAUUUAACUGAGAAAAUUAACUUUUCAAAUCUGCAUCAAGGUAAUUGGCCUAAAAAUAUAAAAUUGUGUUUAUUUGUAUACAGAUAGAGAACUUUAGAUUUCUUCCAUCUGUAACGGUUCUUUGCCUUUGUGUUUGGUAUUUUGUUGUUUCUGUAUAGGUUUGAGUUUACUUUUGUAGAGUUUCCUGUUUUGUUGUAGAAGUGAGUUUUACUUUGGGUUCCCAUCUGUCCUGAGUGUUUCCACCUGUGUCUCGUUGUCUUGCAUGUAUUUAAGUCUUGUCUUUUCUUCCUCCUGUGCUGCUCCAUAUUAUGUUAUUCCCCGAGUUCCUUUGUGGUUGUAGAUUUUGAGUUUUGCCUGCCUGUUGCAGUGGUUUUGUUUUGUAGUUUUGGUUUGUUAUUAAAGCUCCCGUCUUCCCUGGAACCUUCUGCCUCCUCUCUGCACCUGGGUACACCCUCAACCUUCCCGCGUAACACCAUCAGACUCCAGCACAUGGUGACCGACCAGAAG